UUUCAUUGGUGCGUUUUGGCGCGCUCUGCCAUCUUAAUAGCGAAAGGACCGUGGCAGAUCUUUUUGAGCCUCUGAAGAAGUCCGUCGAUUCUUUGAAAUGGUCAUCGUGCCUUUAAACUUUGUUCCAUUUGUAUGUUCAUGCAAGAUCAAUAACGGGUUUUUCUCUCGGCAAACCCUCGCUUGUUGUCUUUGUUGUUUGUCAUCCUUUUGAAGACCUUGUCACCAGUUGAAUAAAAUGUCAACAACCACACUGAUAUCGAAUCGCAGUUCGAAAGGCGCAGGUCGCAUCACUUCAGUUCCCACGGAAGUGUAAUUUCAAGCGCCGUGUGACUUAUUAUAAUAGAAAGGUCUUAUUUGGAUGAACGGCUCAUUGGGAAAAUGAUUUGAGAAGCCUGAGCUUGAGAUGAUCGGAACAAAAUUGAGUGCACCGUUAUUGCUGCCUUCCCUUCUCCUUUUCCUGCUGCUAGAAGACAUUGCAGAUGGCCGAGCUAUAGUGUCGCCAUUUUUUCGACCUCCACCCGGACAAGAGUAUGAAAAGAUUAACGCCAUAAAAGACCAUUUUUAUGAGCAGUUCUAUGGUAAAGGAGGGAAAAAGAAUAAAAUAAGUCACAAGAAAGUACUGACAUCGCAGGACAUGACAUUAACAAGAGAAGCUCUGUUGCAGGCAACCUCGGCCCAGACCACCGCACUUGUUGCUGCAGCUCAAGCUGCGCGCUCAUCCUUGGAGAUCUCGGAACUAGCUCAGAAGGCCCAGGACAUCUCAGUCAAGAGAGCACUAUGGGCAUUAAAGACAAUCAAAGUUGCAGCGAAAGCUGAAGAAGUGGCGGUGAACGCCAUACAGACCAUGUUUAUGUAAAAAUGAGUGGCAGUAUUUCUAGUUUUCGCAGUCAGUUUUUACAAAAUAUAGAAUUUAAAAAUUGUCGCCUGGUUGUAAGACCUUUGAAAGAAAAAAGUAUAAUAAAUAUUUGUGCACAAAGCAACUUUACACCAUAAUUAAUCCCUCUACUUUUUAAGUAUUCAUUACAUCACCUUACCACUCCUUUGAUUAUAAAUGCUAUCAUGCCAAAAUUACAUUCAGAGCGGAGAGUAUAUUUGAAUUUGCACCGCUCGUUAAUGAGUAAAAAAAUAUAAAUAAAGGUCAAGUUUUCAAGCUCAAGCUUCCUACUUCUAGGAUUUAAACAAUGACUAAGCCACAUUACUGGUCUGCAGAUGACACCCGCAAUAACAUUUAGCGAUGACAUAUACCCAAAUUAAAGUUUAGCUAUUUAACAGUGAAA